UGUUCUGUCACGUUGUUUUUGAAUCUCGUGUUUCUCGUUGGUGAUCAUCAGCGCUGUAAAAACCUAAGGAAUAUAAAUGGAAGAGGUUGAACAACAAGACAUCGUGUUUCUUGAACUCAGGCAAAAGUUGCAAAGUGGCGUUUUGUUCAUCCGGAGUGACAUUGUUCAAAAUGGUGCAGAUGUGAAGAUAGAGUCCAGAGAAGAGUCCACCUUGAACAUCCGAACACCUGAAAGGACUUAUCAGGUGAACGUAACACCUGGUGUAAGUCUAGUGGAGGCGUCAUGCCAGAAAAGUCCAGGAAUCACUGAACAUGGACCCCACUUUAGACUGCGUCUAAGAGUGGACCAGCCAUUAGACCCUCCCAGCAGUGUGAUUGGACAGCUGAAGGUCAAGGAGACAAACUGCUUCCUGUGCCAGUCUUGUGGGUCCAGGGUGCUUCAAGACCGGGUUUUUAGGCGAGUUCUUCCUCUGCCCAAUGGAAACUGGAACACAUUAGUGGACGACUGGUGCUGCCACCCUGAUCCCUUCGCAAACAGGAAACUGCUUCCACGAGAUGACGACUGUCUACUUAGCGACACGUAUAUUCUGUUGGCUCGGGACAGCGGCUGUGAGCAGACUCUCACACAGGAAGUGACCUCAUUUCAAAUAGCUGCUGGUUCCAGCCAGAUUUCUGGAGAGCAGAAGCGAGUCAGUAAGAGUGUGAUGGUUUCCUGUAGGAACUGCUCUGCACUGUUGGGGGAGGAAGUCACGUCAGAGGUGCUGAAGUUUUACAUUACUGAAAUAUUAGUAAAGUCAAGUGAAGAUGGACAGUGUGAUAUAACACAACAUAGUUCACUGUCCAGGUCCAUUUCAACAAGAUGGGGAUUCUUGGAGCGGACUCUUGCUUCCAGACUGGUCGAGCUCUCGUCUGCACAAAGUAUAUUUCGCUUUUCCAUCCAAACCCCAGGUGGCAAAGCCAUGAUCUUGCUGUGGCUCCUGAACACAGACACUCUGGUUGCCUCAUUUCCUGACGCAGCAGUGAGGGGCGACGGCUUCAUCUCCACAUGUGGCGUUCGCUCCGGAGAGCAUCAGUCAUUUCAGGCGGUUCCAGCAGUCAAAGUCCUCUACCUCUCCUGCUCUGACAGUGAGCACAAAGACAUUGUGGAUGUAUGGGAGAAGGAGAUCAGUGUGCACCCUCUGCCCCUCCCUCAGAGCUCAUGUGAGGAGCUCCUGAAGCUUCUGAGUUCCAGCACCUCCAGACUGCCGGCAUUCCUGCGCUGCAUGAACUCAUAUCAGGUGGCCUACAUGCGGAUGUGAUGUAUGGCAGUCCAGAGGGCAUCUCAAAACAGACAGAUUCUCCAGUUUAACAUCGUAUGGCAGCACUUUAUUUCCAGCGACACAUGAAACAGUCAUGAUGUUAUAGGCUGUAAACACCUAUGUAAUUGCAAGAUAAGCCUAUUAAAACCUACAUUAUUGUAUAAAACACU